AUGAGAGUUCAUUUGCUGGCCGAUCUUAAGAAGGAGUGUCAGUUGCUUGUUGAAGGCUAUAGGAGCUCGUGGAAAAGCACUGGUUGUACACUGAUGGCAGAUAGCUGGACUAAUCAAAGGCAGCGUACGUUAAUUAAUUUUCUUGUUUAUUGUCCUGCUGGUAUGUCAUUUGUUAAGUCUGUUGAUGCUUCUGAUAUGAUAAAAACUGCCGAUACCUUGUUUAAAUUGUUUGCUGAGGUUAUUGAGUGGGUUGGGUCUAGUAACAUUGUGCAUGUGGUUACUGAUAAUGCUGUGAAUUAUGUAUCUGCUGGAAAACUCAUUCAUGAAAAGUAUCCAAACAUUUUUUGGUCUCCUUGUGCUGCUCAUUGCAUCAAUCUUAUUUUGAAAUACAUAGCAAGUAUUCCUCACAUAGCUGACCUUGCCUCUCGUGCUUCAAAAGUGAUUGUGUUUGUUUACAAUCAUAUGAUUUUCUUGUCAUGGCAUAGAAAAAGAAAAGAUUGGAAAGAAAUUGUUCGACCAGGAAUUACACGUUUUGCUACUGUUUUCAUUACUUUGAAAAGUAUAUAUGAUCAUAAGGAACACUUGCAAACAUUGGUGGUGGACAAAUAUUUCACUUCUCAUAAAUUAUCCAAGAGUGUCAAUGGGAAGAUGGUUAGCUCAAUUAUCUUGGAUAGUAAGUUUUGGGACGAUUGUAUUACUACUGUUAUGCUUGUUGGUCCUCUUAUUAAGUUAUUAAAGCUUGUUGAUGCUGAUGAGAAAUCUUCUCUGGGUAUUGUGUAUGAGGGCAUGCAAAGAGCCAAAAUUGCUAUAAAGACAAUGUUUAGAAAUAGAAAAUCUGCAUACACAUCUUAUACAAGUAUCUUGAAAAUAUGGUGGGAUAAGCAUUUGAAGCGUGACCUCCAUGCAGUAGCAUACUUUUUGAAUCCAGAUUUCUUCUAUAGUGAGGGGUUUGUUGAAAAGUUACUGCAAUGCAAGAGAUACAGUUAUAUCGAGAUCGAAAAGGAAGGGGAAAGUGCUUUGAAAGCAAUUAAGAGACUUAAACCUGGUGAAUGGUGGAGGCUACACGGUGGGAAUGCUCCUAACUUGCAAAAAAUGGCAAUUCAUCUUCUUCAUCAAACAUCUUCAUCAUCCAGAUGUGAGAGGAACUGGAGCCUCUUUGAACAAAUCCAUUCAAAGAGGAGGAACCGAUUAGAGCAUCAAAGGCUAAGUGACAUUGUUUAUGUGACUUAUAAUCUACGCCUUCAAUCUAGAAUGCAUCGCAAGAAGAAGAAUUAUGAUCCAAUUGACGUUCAAAGCAUUGACACAGUAGAUUUUUGGGUAAUGCCGGAUGAAGAUGAUCUUGAAUUUACUAAUGGAGACAUCGAAGGCAUUGAAAAUUUAAUUUACACAGAUAAUGCUAUGCCUUCAUAUCCUAAAGAUGGAGGAGAAAUGGAAGUUGAUGUGGAUUUGCCUAAUAUUGUUGAUUCUUCAAAUACAGCUUCUUUUAGUGGUACUUCUGAUGAUGGUGGCUUUGGAUUACCUGUUUAUGAUGGAGAUAUUGGAACACUUAAUGAUAAUUAUGAUUUUUGA